CAUUGCAAAUAUUCGAGCAGCUUCCCUGCAAUAUUCAAUAGAUCUAUGGAGAAAAAUGAUUUCAAUUUGAUAUAACGUUUUAUUAGUAUGAUUGUUAGUGAGCGUUUUUCUCAGAAAUUAUUUUCAAAUCAAAUAUUGUGAUUAAAGCGACCUAUGCAGUCCGAGUAGCAGCUUCGCGAUUUUUGGAGCGAAAUUUUUGUGUUGGUAGCAAUCACCGAAUGUUUUUUUGAUACUAUUUUUCAUUCAGCAGAUAUGUUCGCACGCUUGUACAAAAUCAACGAAAACCGCCAAUUAAGGAGGAGUAGAAAGAACUAAUUUAUAAGUGAACAAUAGGCGAUAGCUAUAAGAUUGAUUCAAUUGAUCCAUGAAUACAGAUAAAAUGAGCGAAGAUAAGACAAGUAGCGAGGAUAUGUGGACUCCGUUUAAGGAGCUCCAGAGCCUUGUGGAUCGUUAUAUUACCUCUGCAUCUAGCGCUCAUGAUCCUCAAUACUAUGAAUUUAUGGAGGCGCUUCGAAGCCAUAGACAGAAUUUUCUGACCCUCUUGAAAAAUCCGGCAAAAAAUGCUAAAAGUCGUGAAGAAAUAAAAAAGGGAGUGACGGAAGGCAUAACUUUACCAGGACUGGGCCACCAGGUGCUGUCCAAGGAAUUGGUAGAUGAAACAAUAAUAAUAUCAGAUAUGUAUGAGUUGAACGAAUUUAUGGCACUCGAUCUCCUCUGUACUGCUCAACUUCAAAUGCCACAUCAUCCUGGCUUGACAAGAGGUUUAACAGCUGUACUUUUGUACUACGAUGGGCGAAAAGCGCUUACUUCAACACUAAGAACGUUGGUUCAAGCUAGAACUGGACAUACCUGGGUCUUAGACACACCAGUGACACUUACUAAACAGAUCACUGAAUACACAAAUAAAAUGCAAGAGGAUGGACUCUUGGAUAGAAUUCUAAAUCUUUUGGAGGAGAUGGAUGUGACAAAGGAACAAGAACUGCUGCAGCAAAACCGAGCAUUGGGAGGCGCAAAGCAUCACCAUAUGGUUAUGCGUCUGUAUAAUGGUGCCAGACAGGACUUAGCUGAUAUUUUAUACCUAUGGUCUGCCCAGUCAGCUUUACCUAACCAUAUUACUCACAGACUUCUGACACUCCUAAGUAAGCGUAAUCCAGAAGCUGAGGCAGGAUCUGGCGGCCCAGAUAGAGUUACCUUGGCUCUGAUUAUGGCUCUCCUUAAUUCCUUGAACCUCAGUUUACUUCACACAAGAGAAGAUGGUGAAGCCAUUGUUAAAGCAAUGCCACUUAUUGGAGACCCUGACAUGCUGCCGCAAAUAGUAACAGAGUUGACAUCAGGAAGUAUAAAUUGGGAAAGUCCGGGUUUACGAGGGCUACUACAGUUUGCAUUAGCGAUUGCUAUUGCGAUGAUCAAAUCAGCACCUAAUAUCUGUCCGACACAGAACAUUACUGAAGAGGAUGAAAUUCUGGUUGAAGCUGCUCUAGCUAAUAAGGCUUUUCAUUUCAUAGCUCAAGUUCUGCUCAAAAGCUCUAAUAUCCAUAACGAAGAAUUUUAUCUUCGCUCUAUUCAUACUCUCAUCUCUGAUUUUAUUCUAUUGAUGCCUCUGAAAGUUAAAGAGCUUAGAAAUAGAGCAGACGAAUCUAUGCGGAUUGUACAGGCGUAUCAACAAGAGGGUAUUGAGCCGCCGAUGAACCUCGAUAAUCAUUUCGAAUAUCUCAUGCUAACCGUCGCUGAACUGUACAGCAAAGAUCCUUUAAAGUUGAACUUAGCAAUGGACUAUUGGUGCCAGCACUCAGAUUCAUCGCACAUAUCCAACUCAUUGCACACUAGCAGAUUACCACCUCGACAAGUUGCGUUGUUCAAAUUCGUCAGAUUAGCUGGAGAGGUUUUGCCAGCAGGGCUAUUUGUACCCUAUCUUAAAAUGCUGGCAUCCCUUGCAUCUUCAUUUCCAGCUGCCAGACAGGCAUUCAACUUCUUGAAACUUAACGGACCUUCUGGCUCAACAACUGUCUCCUGGGAUCAUUUUUUUAACUCACUAAGUCGCUAUUAUUUCAAUCUUCGGCAAGAACUACCACCUACUCAAGAUACGGUAUAUCGACAAAGAAACCAUCCCAAAGGUAUAACACCCCAUGAGGUCAAAGGAUUGGAGGCUGUGCUUCUAGUGGUGAGAGUCGUUGCUUAUUAUGACGAAGUGUCUCGGGUCGCAAUUUGUGAACAUCCUGGGUGGAACGUGUUGCCAUCUCUAAUUGGUUUGGUCGGUUGUGCGAUGCCGAUUCCACUGAAAGGUGCAUUAGUGAAAACUUUAGCUGCAUUAGCGAGAUCCCCGGAAAGUUCAUCUACGAUUUGGCAAAGCUUGGAAGCUGCACAAAUCUUAACUACCGUACCAUCAACUAGCAGUUAUCAGCCUAGAGGCAUUCAAACGGAAUUAGAAGAAAUUGAAUCGCGAAAUGAGGAAUACCCUCUGACCAUAGCUAUGCUAGAGCUAUUAGACGUCCUCACGGAUUUUCCAAUCCCUCGACUCCUGGGUGUUGGUCAAAGAAACCCAGGCUUUGAUCCAUAUUUACAUUUUGUAAUUAAAUCUGUUUUUCUUCGGUUUAACACACGAUCUUACAAAAACCCGGGAGAAAAAUGGGAGGUUUCUGAUGCCUGUCUAAAAAUAUUCAUAAAACUACUGACGCAGUAUGAGCCAACAGUUGAAGAUUUUAUCGGCUGUAAAAUCGAACUUCAAGGUGGUGAAACGACAAUGGUUAAUCCUGCUCCAGGCCACCAUUUAAUGACACAGUUAAACUCGAAUUCGGAACUCCUACACGUUAUUCUUUACAUCCUCGAUGAAGGCUGCCAUCUUUUGGAUACUUAUGAUGAUUUUUCUGGAAAAUCGAGCCUUGAGAGUAGCACUUUGCAUUGCUUGGAGAUAUUAGAACGUGGAUUGAUGAUACAUCAUAAUUACAUGGUACAGUUGGCUGCGGCUAGUUCGAGUAACAGAAUUUUGACAGGCUUGGCUCGCCUAUUACUUGGCGUAAAUCCACGGACAGGAAAACCGGACCACAUGAUCAACAUUGCUAAAUAUGUAACAUACAAUUCAUGGCUGAUUCAACAUGCCUAUAUAGCAGUUGGCGUUAUUCAAGGUGUAGCUAACGAACCUGGAGCAGAUUCGGAACUACUUUCAACAUUCACAUCCACUUCUUCGCUAGCCACAAUGAUCAGACAUGGUUUUGUAGAGUGCUUAGAUUCUGAUGAAAACGCCGAAUCUGAUGAGGGAAUGGAAAGUGAAAAACAAUCUACUAACUGUAAGGGCAGAAUUCUGUCACUCAUGAUCCAAAGUCUAACACGUCCAGCGCCAAAUAUAGCUCACUAUCUUCUUGGUUUUGACAUUACCAAGGAUAUUAAAAAAACUGCAAUUCAACAGCCUGGAAUACUUGGGUUUCCGAGAACUUGUCUGCACUCUAUACUCGGAAUAUUAGAAUUAUCCUUGGAACGUGGCCGUGAUAAGAUUACAGAGGCUUGUUACUGGUUUCUUCAUAUAUUAGCAGCAAACAAUAAAACCUCCGUUUCAGUGUUACGCUUCCUACGUACAGCCACAAAUCAGGAUUUUGUUCAACGUCAUCUAUCCAAGCUCCCAUUCCAAGGACCAAACAAGGCCACGGAACUUGCAUGUAUGUCCUGGUUGUUAAAAAUAUCAGCAAUCGAAUUACGUGUGGCUGGAGGUAGCCUACAAAAUUCCCUGAUUCAGAGAUUGGUUGGCAACCUAAUACAAGACAGAGAUCAAAUUGUUCCAUCUCAGAAACUCCUGAUGGAUUUGUUACACUACAUCGACUUUCAGUUAAAUUUGGAACCACCAAAAUCCUGGGAAUAUUUUGAUCCCUCUCAAAUUGAGAUGGUUCUGGGCCGUUGCAGUAUUCCUGUGCCACUCGGUGGUAGUCCACAGCUAAUUGACAUUAGGAGACUUCAUAAUUUGAUCACUGAAGAAUUGGCUGGCACACAAAGCAGUGCAACUGCAACGCAGCGUAAGCUCAUGCAACAAGAAUUGCAAUCGAUACUGGCAUACGCUUUGAAACGGAAUCAAACAAAAACUCUUUCUUAUGCUACAGUCAAGUUUGUUGAGGGUUGGUGCCAAACAACUGAAAUAUUGUUUUCAGUUGCCACGAGCCAACAGCUUCCAGCAGCUCAAAGGCAAAAUCUAUUACUUAAUUUGUCACAUGAUUUGCUACAAAAAAUGACGUCUUGUGAAGCUUUGAACGAAAUAAAAACUCUUGUAUCUGGUACAGUCCUGAUACUGCUAGUGAAUCUGCGUAAUAGUUUUUCAAUGCAAUCUGAGAACGAGCUACUACCAUCUUCAGCUUCAAAUACAACUAUGAUGAAAAUAAUCCUCAGUCAUAUUCUACAAUGGAUCUUAAAUUCUGGAGUUUCUUCACAAAAAGUUCGAACUCAUCUUUAUGGAGCACUUCUCAACUUCCUCUGUGUAGUUAGCUUGGAGAGAUCGGAUGUUAUCAGCAACACAGAUUCCAUGUACGUUAGCCAACUAGAUAGUUCAUUUUAUAAAAAUCCGCCCAUACAAGAACGUUCGCAUCGCUAUGUGACAGUUCAAGUGAUCAGUAGUUAUGGUAACAAGUUGAUGGAUAUUUUAUCUCACGAUUGUUCAGGAGGACACGACGUAUGCAAAAUGCUAUCAUUAUCGUGUCUUGACAAAAUUUUAGAGUUUGAUUGCAAUAAUGUAUGGAUCACAUAUCUGGCUAGCAGAGGGUAUAUAAAACACAUGGUAGACGGUCUUCUGGAUUCUGAUAAUCUAUUGCGAUCCAUGCUUCAACCAGAUCCACUUACCUUACGACCUCUAUAUCUGUACGAAUCAAAAAUAGCCACGCUAUGCCGUAUGGCAUCAACUAGAUUGGGUGCCGAAUGUCUUCUGGAGAACAAAGUCUUGUCGUGUUUAGCAAGCAUGUGUGUAUUUGAUCAGCAUCCUGAUGUGCACGUAGGGUUUGAGGGUGGAGAUACAUGCUUUGUACCUUCUAUAGGACAGCGAUAUCAACAAAUCUUCUUACCCGCACUCUACUUGUGCGAUGCAUUGCUGACUACCCUUGGGACAGAAAAUCAAUCCUGUGCGAUACAAGUUUGUGGGUUUUUACAGAGUCAUAGAGACACAGUAGAAAUGGUGUUGAGAAAUGCCUCACCUCACUCCAAUGUCCUAUUUUUGAAAGAAGUUGCUAGUCUCACCGGAGUGAUCUCCAGGUCAGCUAACAUUGAUAUGUAUAAACUCGUUGAAGAAGAAUUGACAAAAGCGGAUUCCUACGAACACAAGUCAGAAGACAGUACAGGCAUGCGAGAACUGCGAGCUCAUCUUUACAGGCUCCAACGUUUGAUACUUUCACUGGUGCCCAGAUUUCAGCCUCAAUCCCCUGCAGCAAUGCCAUUACAACAGCAAAUAGAAACCACCCAACAGCAUUCCUGCGUCAUACAAAUUGCUGCCAAUGUAAUGCUGUAUACUCGUAAUCAAAUGGAGCAUAGUCGAAUGGAUCAGAAAAUCAAGAACGUACUGUUUGAACCUUAUUUAACUGACAGACCUUCACUAAGGGACGGAAGAGGCAAGGAUUCUACAGGAGGAGUACACUUAGGUGCAGUUAUAGGGCAACUAGUUUCUUCCACAUCUCUCCUUCACUCAGAACUACCACAGGUAGACACACUGAUGAAGAAUGCAGCAAUCGUUAAAGACAUGAAUACGUUCAGUCUCAAAAAGCAUCUGACUGAAGAGGAGGCGGAACUUGAUAUUGAAAAGCAGCGGAUAGUAGUCGAAAAACGUCUCACAGAAGAGGCAAACAACAAACGAGUGGAUUUGAAGUACUGUUCGUUAAUAGUUGAACACAGUCUAUAUAUUUUGUGGAGUCAUUUGGACUUCUUUGCAAUGCAGGCCGUAUCGCGGCAAAACAGGUCCCAAGCAUUAUCAUCAGGAAACCUAGAUACGACCGUGGUGGAUUGGAGAAUAUCAGCAGAUAUGCUAUCGGAUUUGAAGCAAGGUUUGGUGGCAACAUUUACAGACAGCUUUAUUACUCAAUUACUGGAUACUUCCAGAGAACAUGCAACAACCGAUCGAUCUUUUAUCGAAGCUUUAGUUAGAAGAAUCAAGAGACUUCUACAAUUUAUCAUCACCAAGUAACAUAAAAAUAGCAUUAUUUAGAGAAACCAAAUCACAAUUCGAACCCAUGUUGCAUUAAUAAGAUUAUGUUAAACAUGAUCUUUCAACAUUUCCCAUCUAUUAAUAAUAAAUUAUGGUACCUCAUGA